UUCAUUUAGACAAACGCGGAAAACAUUGUCCCCUUUGUCUCUUCGUCGCUUUUCUUGGUGGAAAGGAAACAAAAGGAAAGAUAUCUCUCUCUCUCUCUCUCUCUCGCCUGAUUGAAUGAGAAAUCCUCCUCCGUCUCUGCUCUCCCUCACCGUCAACGCCGCCGUCUUAAACCUCUCUCGCAUCAACGAUCUCUCUCAUCUCCCCGAUCACAUCGUCCCGGAACUCUUCGCCAGGACAUUGGAAGCUGGGAAGUUGAAUGAGAGAGUUCUAAGACUGUUUAUGGCGUCUGGAAACGAAGAAGUGCUUUCUGUUAUCGACGCUCUGAAAAUCAAAAUCGACGUCACUCCCAUUAUUCCUACUCGAUGUCAUGAGAGAUUUGGAUUGAACGAAAUGGACUAGACGCUAAGUUCCCUAGUUAAAUGAUGUUGCCAAUGAGUGGGUUUUGAAGCUUGGUCCCUUGCCAAUGAGGUCUAAUUGUAUAAGUUUUUUAUUCCCGUUCCUAUGAAGUUUGUAUGCAAUCAUGGAAGGUUUUUGUUUGCUGCAGAGUUCUGUUUUUAAGUUUCUAUCUUCUAUUGUUUCGUUAUCCGACUUUCCAGUUCCAUGUUAUUCAAGUAUAUAGCUCAAGUCCAGUUCCA